GCGAGUAAAACAUUUCCCGAGAACCUUUUGGUGUCGUUAGUCGUACGUUGAAUUCAGAAGUAACAACAUCCAUCGAGCUUCGCCAAGAUGAGCAGCCGAACGCAGAUUGUGUUAACCUUGCUGAUUGCCCUCGUGACCGCAUCCAUCGCUAGACUUAUCCCUCCCACCGAGAAGGAAAACUCAUCGUCGGAAGAAUCCACAGAGCUCAAUGAAGUUCUUGACGAAAUUCGAACGGCUUGCGAGAAAAACUCGGGAUCGAACAAGGCCUUCGAUGAAUUGAUAGCUGAGGCCAGUUCCGUGCCUUUCUGUUUCAUGGAAAAGUUCGACGUGGAAGGUUUUUCCACUGACGUGGAUUCGGUGUCCAAUGCCACGCGGAAGGAGUUUUUCACAAAAUACUGCCCUCAACUGCAUGAUUCGUUGACAUGCUUCAAUCCUACGAUUGACAAAUUCAGAGCGUGUAUGGAUAAAGAUGACAGCGAAGGUUUGGAUGUAUUUGUCAAUUUGCUACCGGAAGCUAUUGAUUUGAUUUGCCGAGACGACGGGGAAAUCUUUUUCGUCGAUGAUCAAAAUAUCAUUCAGUGCAUUGAGAAGGUGGGUAAUUACUCAACGGAGUGUCUUCAGAAAGUAUCAAACGCUACAGACACAAUGAGCUUAUCGAACUACGGUGCCAAACAGUGCGGUGAACUGUCGGAUAUGCGCCAAUGUUUUGAGGAGAGGUUCACCGAAUGCAAAGCCCCACGGUUGCUCGAUGUGUUCGAUCUUUUCUAUCGGGCCGUAGUGAAAAGUAGCGCAUGCAAAAAUUUUAUUGCUUUGAACGAUAUAGCACCCAAUGAAGGUAACGAAGUUUGAGAAUUAUAGCGACCGAAUAGACUGGCAUCACUGCAAGAUGGGGAUCCUUAUCUGUUGGCAAUAACAACUCUGCGAUGUUUAUAAUAUGCGAUAGUAAAAUCAAAUCGUAACGGUGGGAAAUAAUAUGAAUAUUAUGAAUGAUCCUAUUUCUGAUUUCAAAACUGAUUAAAUUUCCAUGUUAUUGAGAUAUUCUCUUUUAGUGAAGUAAACUCAUUCGAAACAAA